AUGGUGCCAGAUCAAACUACAGUGGAAGAGUAGAAGUUUUUUACAGCGGAAAAUGGGGACGGAUUUGCCCUAACAAGUGGGACAUUAUAGACGCCCAAGUCAUUUGCCGUCAACUUGGCUUCAAAAAUGCCAUAGCUGAAUUCACUGGGUCAGAUGUUGAGGAAAGCAAACUUCCAUUUCUGAUGUCCGAGGUGAGCUGCAUUGAGCAGGAUUCUGAACUUGCAUCCUGUGCGCGUAUUGAUGGAGAGGUAGACUGCCAAGGUGACGUUGGUGCUCAGGCAUUGUGCGAACCAUUGGAAGAUAAGGAAGUUCUGAAUAUAGAGACAAUGGUUAUGGACAUUGGCACAAAAGAAACCUUCAGCUGUACCCUAAAAAACGAGACAACGUUAAUCAGAUGGUAUAACAGCACAGGCCAAGAACUCCAUUCCGAAUCUGGUGGAAGGAUUAAGACGUUUCGAAAUGGUACAUUUACAAUAGAGAGCGUUAAGCUGUCUGAUGGUGGAACAUAUGCAUGCAAAGGAUUAAAAUACAUUCAGUACUACAACAUUUAUGUUAACGCACGUUUUACUAAUAAGGAUCUCCAUCAAACCCUUGUUUUCGGCACGCCUGGCAUCCUUAACUGUAGUGCUGAGGGAAAUCCAGCCCCUAGGUUCACGUGGACCAGAACAGAUGGAAAAAGACUGGAUAGGCAAAGAUUCAGGCAACAACCUAAUGGGAACAUGCAUGUUAAUCCAGUUUUUAAAGACGACGAUGGAGAACUCAUUUGCACCGUAGAGCAGAACAGGGGAACUGAGCGGACGACGGGAAGACGCCAAUACAUAACCGUUUCUAUUAUUGUUCCCCCUAAGGUCCAAUUAUUAGGACCAAACUGGACCAUGCUAGAGGAGGACAGAUUAAAUCUGACUUGCGUCAUCAAAGCAGGUUUCCCGAAGCCACAAGUGUCCUGGUAUAAAAACAACAUACUUUUGGUGGAUGAGGAGAGCCCGAAUUUGAUCCUAGAAGAGUUAACAGAUAAAGAUGAGGGGCAGUACAAGUGUAAGGCACAAAAUUCCGGUGGUGUUGCUGAUGCCAUCAUAAAUGUUACUGUUGAUGUUCCACCUAAAAAAAAUCCCCUACUCAAGAAUCAUUCUGUUCAAUUAAACUCUACAUUUGCAAUCAAAUGUUAUGUGAAGGGAGAUCCCCCACCAGAGGUCAACUGGACUAAAGAUGGAUUGGACCUUGGUAUAAAGGAAAACACACUCACUAUCGACAGGGUGACUUUUGAGGACGCAGGUUGGUAUGGAUGCGGUGCAGAAAAUUGGGCUGGAAAAAUUCAAGCAAUAUUCUGGAUUGACGUAACAGUCUCUCCUCAGGUUAUUGUGUCUCCAAGAAGCCAAACCGUUCCUGAAGGGAAGACAAUUAAGUUUAUCUGCAAAGCCACGGGUUUUCCAAAACCGGCGAUAACCUGGGAGUUUAAUGAUGGAAGCCUCCCUUCGCUUGCAAUUGAGACACACACCGAGGAGGGAUACCAACUGCUUCUUCCAAACGUGACAAAAAACAUGAAUGGUACAUUCAAGUGCACAGCAAAAAACAAGGCGAGCAGAGCAAACUCAACCUCAACUCUUCGUAUUUUAGAGAAACCCACUUCCCAAAUUAUUCCCCAAGAUUACCCCACUCUAAUGGCAGGAGAUGCACUUAAACUGACUUGCAAAGUCAAUAGAGUGACAAUGAAUAUCAAAUGGAAGAAAAACAGCGCCUCAGAUAUUCCAAGAGCACACAUCGGUCCGCGACUAGGUGACGAAAUUACGCUUUAUAUUAAGAACGUUGUGCCCGAUGACAGUGGAGUUUACUCUUGUGAAGCACAGAAUAUGGCAGGUACCGUGUCUGCUACUGUGAAAAUCACAGUCAGGGCUACACCUUCAACAUCCGGUGGUUCUCUUGAGUGGUAUUACAUUGUCGGGCCUAUAUCUGCUUUGAUUGUUUGCGCUGUUGUGAUUGGCUGUUGCAUUGGUAGACGUCGACAACGAGGUGAGUGGAAGUGACUUAGCGAGCGAUCUUGGUGAGUACUUAACAAUGAUUGGAAGAAGUCGAGAAAAAUAUCGUGAUUUGUCAGCGGCGAGCAGAUCUAUUAUAUCCCGAAGCCGGAGGCUGAGACAAAUAACUGAUUUACGAGAUCACGAUAGAUCACGAUAUUUUGCGAUUUUCGAGUUGAAUCAUUGUUUUAUCAUUCUAUCACCAAGUUUGUUUUGAUAUUUAAAUCACUCUCUGACAGCUCAGGGAAGAGAUCUGAUAUUUUUCACACAAGAGCCUGGUUAAAAUUUCGAAUGCAUGAGCAGACUGUUAAUUGCAGCAAAACACAUUUAGACGGUAUUACGAACGAGCAGACCUUUAUUUUCAGGCAUUUGCAGUUCACGUGGUAGGUUCUCAAAGAACAAAAUAAACGGAAUGAUAAAUCUUUUUACUGUAUGACUGAGAAUAUGUACUUCAAUGUGAUUGGCUGAGAGCAGGCCAAAUUAUUAAAUAUUACUUUUAACUUUGCAUGGCAGUGCAAAUUUAUACAGGCGUGUUGGUAAUUUUCUCAGUGAUAUAAUAAAUGUGUAAUCGUAGGAAUGCGUGAACAAUUGAAGAUUUUCGCUACUCAUGAUAUUUCUUUCCAAAAAAUUAUGCUUGAGAGGUUUAUGUAAAAGGAAUGUUUGGAGGAUAAUUAAAUAGCAAGAAUAGCCCGGCAAAAAAAACUCCACCACUAAGUUAAGUGCACACAGUAGACGAAUUUUGUUGGUGGACAAUUGCAUGCACGAUUUCUUGGGUUCUUUUAUUUGUUUUGGAUUCUUUGUUAUUGUCAGUGGACGGUCAUCUAAGCUGUUCGCUCUCUAGUUUGAACAGCGACUUGGUUAUAUACUUGAUGGGUAAAUGAGUAAGUAGAACAAGUCAUAGACCACCUGUCGAUAUUGAUGUUAAUGUAUUCCACUGCUGAUCUACUUAUCUUUUAAGCCAUUGCACCGAGCAAGAAAAGUACAUUGGGUCAACAACAGGUGAUCUAUUUCUUGUUGCCCCACGAGGUAUAUCCUCUGAAUAGACCCUUUGCACGACCUGGUCACAUGGUACAAAAUCAGCCAUGCCUGAGCGCAAGUUGUACAGUGAGACUUCCAAACCAAAGCAACUCGUACCAGUUCAGCUUUCAAAGACUUUCCUUUGUUUUGGAAGUCUCUUGGGCAACUUACAUCCUGGCAUGGCUGAUUUUGUACCAGGUAAAUUGGUCAGGCA